AUGUCUACACCGAUUUCUUCUCAACCUGGAAUAAAUCAUCGACCUACUCGUGAAUUGGCUGUUCAAAUCUUCGAGGUGCUCAGGUCGAUCGGUGAAUUUCAUGCCUUCAGCGCCGGACUAGUCAUCGGUGGGAAAAGUUUAGAAGACGAAAGGGAUCGACUCGGAAGAAUGAACAUCCUGGUUUCUACUCCCGGCCGUUUACAGCAACAUCUCGAACAAACCACCAACGUUGAUUCUGAUAACCUUCAGGUCUUGGUUCUCGAUGAAGCCGAUCGAAUCUUAGAUAUGGGCUUCGCAAAUUCAGUCAAUGCGAUCAUUUCCAGUCUACCCAAUUCAAGACAGUCACUUCCAUUUUCCGCGACUCAAACCAAGACUGUCAAGGACCUCGCACGAUCAUCUCUAACUGGAGAUCCAGAAUACGUUUCGGCUCGUGAGACGGGAGUUGAACGAGAUCUUACCACACCCAAAGAACUCGUACAGAGCUACAUGGUAACACCGCUGGAAUGUAAAAUAGAUUAUCUUUGGGGUUUCUUAAAGACUCAUCUCAAGACGAAAAUGAUAGUGUUUUUGAGCAGCUGCAAGCAGCAACGUAUCACUGUGAAAGGCCAAUCAGUCUGUUCUCCCCUGGUCGAACGCGAUCUCAACCCUCGUCAAAAUAAUAGCAACGAUGCUACUACCAACCCCUCGUUCAUUCUGGCAGCUGUCACAAAACCGGCUUACGCCAAGCUGAUUGAUGUUAUUCGAAUGAUGAAUGGGACCUACCAGCCGACCUUCGAGACAAGAUUAUUGGUGUUCGAUGGGGUAUUGGAAUGA